AUGGACUCCUCGUACGUGGCCUUCGUGGUGUUGGCGCUGCUGGGACUACUGGUCCUGCGCACUGUGUACCAUCUGUACUUCCACCCACUGUCCAAGUUCCCCGGACCAAAAUUCGCUGCCGCAACCUAUCUCUACGAGUUCUACUAUGAUGUGAUCAAGAGUGGCAUGUAUAUAUGGGAGAUUGAGCGCAUGCACGAGCAAUAUGGCCCAAUCGUACGCAUCAACCCCCAAGAAAUCCACAUCAAAGACUCAACCUACUACGACGAAAUCCACGCCAGCGCCUCCCGCAAACGCUCCAAAGACCCAACCUACGCCAUCGCCUUCGGCGCCCCCAACUCCCUCGUAGGAACAAUCACCCACGACCACCACCGCUUCCGCCGAAACCUGCUAAGCAGCUACUUCUCCAAACGUUCCGUCGUCUCCCUGGGCCCCCUAAUCCACCAGAAAGUAGAUAAGCUAAUCACGCGCUUCGAGCAAGCCUUCGCCGCCGGCGAUGUCCUGCACCUGCAUCUCGACUUCGCCGCGCUAACCGCCGACGUCAUUACAGACUACUGCUACGGCUGGAGCUACGGGUACCUGGACGGAGAGAAGGGGGCGGAAAGUAACGACCUCGUUGAUGCUGUGAAUGGGCUUAUGGUGAUGUGGCAUGUUAAUCGGUUUUUCCCGUUUCUGAUUACUAUUUUCCGGAAUGCACCGCCUGCGCUGCUGAGGUGGUUGCAGCCGCAGAUGGCGGAUUUGUUUGAUUUGAAGAGUCGGCUUAGACAACAGGCGAAGGAUACGUUGCAGAAGCAGAGUUUGGAGAAGAUUCAGAAGGAGGGGAGGGGGACUAUCUUCGAUGCGUUGACGGAUUUGUCGGUGCCGGAGGAGGAGAGGACGCUUGAUCGGUUGGAGGAUGAGUCGGCCUUGUUGCUUGGGGCUGGGACGGAGACGACGGCUAGGGCUAUUGCUAUGGCGAUGUUUUGGCUGAUCAAGGAGAAGGAGGUUUUGGCGAAGUUGAGGGUGGAGUUGAAGAGUGUUUUGGAGAAGCCUUUGUCGAAGGCUUCGUGGGUGGAUUUGGAGAAGCUGCCUUAUUUGACCGGCGUCGUGAAUGAGGGUCUGCGCCUUAGCCACGGCAUGACAGCUCGAUUGGCUCGUGUUUCGCCUACUGAGCUUAUGGUAUAUCAGAACUGGGUUAUUCCUGCAGGAACUCCUGUUAGUCAGUCAAACUACUUCGUCCACAUGGAUCCGACGGUCUUCCCAGAGCCAGAGAAAUUCGACCCAGAGCGUUGGACCCGCGCCACGGAAAAGGGCGAGUACCUAUCUCGGUAUAUUGUCUCGUUUACGAGAGGCAGCAGACAGUGUCUGGGGAUGAACCUUGCCUACGCAGAGGUCUAUCUUGCUAUUGCCCACAUCGCUCGUCGCAUUGACUUUGAACUGUAUGAGACGACUACUGACAAUAUCUGCGUUUAUCGGGAUCUGGGAAUUGGGUGUCCAAAGGAGGGUUUGUUUGGGGUUAGGGUUACGGUGAAAGGUCUUGUGGAGGAGUAA